ACAUUUAACUGUGAAGUUUGCAGCGGGAGAGGCUUUCCUUCAAGCUGUUAGUGUUUUAUCCUGGCAGGCUCCUCGAGGUUGUUGUGAGGAGUCUAGCCAGUUGGUGAGCUUUGUAAUCUAAACCAGCUGUCCCAGGCUGAGGCCCCCAUUUGCAUUGUUUAACAUACUUAGAAAAUGAAGUGUUCAUUUUUAACAUUCCUCCUCCAAUUGGUUUAAUGCUGAAUUACAGAAGAGAACUAAGCAAAACCAGGUGCUUUCUCUGUAUUCUCUCCAGUGUCUGAGGAGGUACAGACGGCUCCUGAUCUUCUCCAUUACUUGCUAUUUCAUUCUUUGGACUAUAAAUGACUGAGGAACUGAAGUGCUAGCAGAGGGUAAUGUUUGGAAAAACUUUCUAGUUAUUCAUCAGCACAGACUCUGGUUUUUUCCCACCUUUCCCCAACGGUUUUGGACAUGCAAGGAUUAAAAAGGAUACUGACUGCUUUCACACUGGCCGUCUGCCUUUCAAGACCUGGAAAAGCACAGCAACAAUGCACUAAUGGGUUUGACCUGGACCGUGCCUCUGGGCAGUGCUUAGAUAUUGAUGAAUGUCGGACUAUUCCUGAGGCCUGCAGAGGAGAUAUGGUGUGUGUCAACCAGAAUGGUGGCUAUUUAUGCGUACCCCGAACGAACCCAGUGUAUCGGUCACCAUAUCUGAAUCCUUAUUCAAAUAUUUAUCCACCGCCCCCAGCACCAGGCCCCGUUCCUAACUACCCUACUGUUACAAGACCUCUGAUCUGUCGAUUUGGUUACCAGUUGGAUGAAAACAAUCAGUGCGCUGAUGUGGAUGAAUGUGCUUCAGAUUCUCACCAGUGUAACCCCACCCAGAUCUGCAUAAAUACUGAGGGGGGCUAUACCUGUUCCUGCACUGAAGGCUACUGGCUGUUAGAAGGCCAGUGUUUAGAUAUAGAUGAAUGUCGCUACGGCUACUGCCAGCAGCUGUGUGCCAAUGUGCCCGGUUCCUACUCCUGCACGUGCAACCCAGGCUUUACCCUUAAUGAGGAUGGAAGAUCAUGCCAAGAUGUGAACGAAUGUACAAGCGAAAACCCUUGCACUCAGACCUGCGUCAAUACCUACGGCUCUUUUCUCUGCCGCUGUGAACCUGGCUAUGAACUGGAAGCUGAUGGAGUUAACUGCAGUGACAUGGACGAAUGCAGCUUCUCAGAGUUCCUCUGCCAGCACGAAUGUGUGAACGGGCCUGGUUCUUACUACUGUAUCUGUCCUUCGGGCUAUAACUUGCUUGACGAUAGCAGAAGCUGCCAAGAUAUCAAUGAAUGUGAAAACAGAAACUUCACCUGCACUCCCCAGCAAACAUGUUUCAAUAUCCCAGGAGAAUAUAAAUGUUUAGACCCAGUAAGAUGCGAGGAUCCUUAUAUCCAGAUUAAUGAGAACCGCUGCAUGUGUCCAGCUGAAAACGCCGGGUGCAGAGAUCAGCCAUUCACCAUCUUGUACAGAGUGAUGGACAUGGUGUCCGGGCGGUCUGUGCCUUCUGACAUUUUUCAGAUGCAAGCAACAACUCGCUACCCCGGAGCCUAUUACAUCUUCCAAAUCAAAUCAGGGAACGAGGGCAGGGAAUUCUACAUGCGGCAAACAGGACCGAUCAGUGCUACUCUGGUGAUGACCCGCCCCGUGAAGGGGCCCCGUACUAUUCAGUUGGACUUGGAAAUGAUCACUGUUAACACCGUCAUUAACUUCAGAGGAAGCUCUGUCAUCCGGCUGAGGAUAUAUGUAUCACAGUACUCCUUCUAAACCUUGAGUUUGUGCCCUGGAAACAUUAAACCAAAAGAGACGGUUCCUCCUCUGCAGAACUCUCUCCUCAGAAGCCAGUACGUAUAGCAGCUCUAAACCAAACCAGUAUUUCCACAGACCCGGUGACCUAUGCCUGUCUGAGGAGGGAGGCCUCUUCAUGCACAGUCCCUACCAGGAUGCAGACUUCUGAAGAUGUAUCGUCAGCAGAUCCCAUAUGAUUCUCUAUGUGGUCAUAUAUUUUAAGGACUCUUCUUUCCAUUGUAAACACUUCUAGGGUAUGAGUCUAUGUUUGAAAGACUGUGAACCUUUGUAGCUCCAAGGCUGCUUAGGAAAAAGCACCAAAGAAACUGAGGAAAAAGCUGGCUUUUGCAAUCUUGCCUUCUUUUUCAUUAUAAAUGGAAAGCAGACAAACAAGCAGAAACAGAAACAAAAAGCCACCUAUUGAAACAAGGGAUCUCAGAAGUGCUAACUCACAUUCCCAAUUAUCUCUGGAAUUAUCAGUCAGGCACUUUGUCUCAAUUCACCCUGCAUUUGUCUUAGUUUCACCUGUUUUUUCUUUGAUUCUAUUUUAUAGUUAAAAUUCAUUGUAAAUUCAUUCCAAAAAUACAUGUUGUAGUAUGUAAUCUUCUACUUUCUAACAAAGUGUCACAUGUUUGGGUUCCUUCCUGUAUUAAAUCUUUCUAUAUAACAGAGUUCAUAGAAAUCUAUCACUGGUUGGCAUGUUUUACAAUGUUUAGGGUGUUACUUAUUUACACCCAGACUCUUUGACACAGGCCUCCACUGCUAGAAUAGUGUCCAGGGACUUUAGAGCAGAUGAGAAUCAGAACUUUAUUUUUCCCUGUUUUCCUGAGUGGGGUAGUUGCAAACAGUUUGUAAUCGUUAUAAGGUAGUGAUACUAACUGUAAUUAAGGCUGCAACUAAUCUCCUGUUCAAGGACUGCUCAGCUCAGACCCAUCCAAAUUCCUUCAGAAAAAUUGUUCUGUUCACGUGCAGUCUCUCUCCUACAUUCCUAACAUUGGGGAAAAUAAGCUGAAAGUACUUGGACCAGUCUUACUGUUCAUGCCUCUGCCACAAAGCAGACACCACUAUACCCGUACCCAGACCUCAAACGAUGGGAUCCCACAGUUUCCGUAGGCAAUGUCUUCUCAGGUAUAACUGCUGUAACCAAUAGAAAGCUUCUCCUAAAGUCUAAUCUGAAUCUCCGCUAUUGUAAUUUAAAUCCAUUGCUUUUUAGCCUACUUCCAGUAGAAAUAGAGAACAGUUUAUCUUCCCCUUUGCAGCAGUCUUUAACAUGUCUGAAGACUGUUGUCAUGUCUCCCCUCAGACUGUUUCUCUCUAGUCUAAACAAACCCAAUUCUUUUGGUCUUUCCUCAUACAUCACAUUUUCUGGACCUUUGAUCAUUCUUGUUGCUCUCGUUUGGAUUCUCUCCAGUUGGUUCACAUCUUUCUUGAAGUGCAGUGCCCAAAACUGUGAAAAGUAUUCCAGCUGAGGCCUCACAGUGCUACGCUAAAUCUAUAUAUAUAUGUUUAGGAGUCUGAAAAAAAAAUAAAAAUCAUUGUAGAGUUUGGAAGUAUAAUGCUUACCUUGUUGAAGCCACUGGCAGUUUGGUCUUUUAUUUUAGUAGGGAUGAGGAUUCAUAUGUCUUGUUCUUAAAUUUCUCUGAAGCAAGCUCUUUUGCUUCUUCCCCUUGCUUUUUCCUUAUUGGCUCAUUUGCUCUCCAGCAUCGCUAGGGCAGGAAAGAUAACCUUUGCUUCAUCUUUUUGAGGACUGGAAGUGCUUAAUGCUACUUGGGAAAAGGAGUUUAUGAAGAUUAUAAUGCAAGCAGGCUGAAGCAGAGUAGAAGCAUUAUGUGAGAUCUUCAUUAAAGUGGAGUAUUAAAUGGGAGAAUACAGACUCAGAAAGUUAUCACAACACAGACCACAUGACACAAUCAGAAAAUUGACUCUCUUGUUCCUAAUAAGCUUUGUGAGUUAGUCUGGAGUUGUUCUUCCCUAGCUUUAGUAGAGACUCUGCUCUUCUUACUUGUAUUCAGCUUGAAGGAAGUCCUGAUGCAAUGGCUCACAGUCUCAAAAUGCUGAGUUGAGUGUGCUUCAGCAGCUUCCAUUUCUUAAUGGUUUAAAGUUUCCUCCGUGCUGCCACAACAUCCUGGGAUCCUGUGGCUCAGAGCUCUGUACACAGGCUGUCCUUUUUGUAAAAACAAAAAGCCUGAAGCCUGACUCCAGGGUUUAGUGGGCCAAGUUGAGGGCAGGAAGCCAAUGAGUUUUGUGAGUAGCCGACUUGGAGGAGAUAAAUGUAGAGGAAAUGCGCAGAGAAAUAUUAGAAACAAGAAUGUGUUUCCUGAGUGUAUCAUGGCUCACCGUAUACCAUAGUCUUGGAGGGGAAAAUAGAGAUGACCAGGACAGAGGAAUGCUAGUUUAUAACCAUGGGGCUAAAAGUGCUCAUGUGUCCCAGAUGAUGGAAGUGAGACGUGGGAAACAAGCAGGCUCUGGUGGCCCAGAGAGCAGACAAGGGGCAGGCAAGGUCUUGCAUUAAAGACGUUAAACUCUUAACAUGCUGGAAGUUUUCCCAGUGCUUAAAAGCCCCCUUUUCCCCCUUUUGUGCCCCUAUGUUAUGGCUUCGUCAUGCCCAAUUGAGGAGACCUCUCUCUUCCUGCCAUCGCAUCACCUUCUGGAGAGGAAGUGCACCCUGUUAGACAUCAGACAGUUUCUCACUUCUGGGCUGUUCUCCCAUGGCCCCCACAUACCAACCUGAUUUAACCCUAAUUUAGAAACAUCAAAACCCAGAGGAAUUCCAUAACAAAACACUUUGUUAAAAGAGUAAGGCUUGAAUGCUUGGUUUUAGCAGGGUCCAGCAAAUACUCAUAAAACAAUAUUGCACUUUCUAUAUAAACAUUCUGCGCCUUAAAAAAAAAGUGAAAAGUCUGGAAACAAAGGAAUUCAGGCACUUCUCAACCGCCAUAACAUCUUUCAUCACUCACUAUCACUCCAGCCAACUUUAACUUUGCCAAAAUAUAUGCCAAUUUCAAAAUAAUAAAUUACUAGCAGUUUAUAACAUCUAAACUCUCCAUUGCCUAGUCAGGGGUCUGUUUCCAAUAGACCAUUGCAGGCUCGUAUAUUACAGCAAUUCUCACCAAAUAAAAAAAAGGACUAUGCGUGUCAGGUUUUUACAGCAUGAAAGUUAAAAACCCAAACUUGCAACUGCUGUAUACAUUCAUGUUCUCCUUUGAGGCCGGGCCUCCCUAAAAGCAGACAGAAUUCCAGGUCUGCUCAGAAAAUGAUUCUUUAUUCUAACCUGUUGCAGAGGAUUUUCUAACACAAAGAGUUUUACCAUAUGGUUAAUAGAGAGUAUUCUGGCCAGCACCAGAUGAGGGCACUGACCCUGGUCUGGGUAUGCGUGGCUUCCCCCUGGCUCUGCACUGACAUGCUCUUCGCUCAGGGUAGCAGAGCCGUUCCCUGGCCAAGCUGAGGGGGGGACAGCUCUUUGCCUCUCCUGCCUGACGGCUGUCACGUCUGUUUGAUCGAAGGUUCUCGGGAGAAAGAUUGCCUCUCACUAUGUGUUCGUACAGCAUCUAUUACCAGUGCAAUAAUUGGAAUAAAAGUAAACGAAAGCAGAAAUGGCAGUAAUCUUUGAUACAGAUACAAUGAUUGGGAAGCAGAAUCUAUUCUGAUAAAUUAACCAAGUGAUUCGUGCUAGUCGGGAGGGAGAAGAAUGGCAAGAGAUGAACGAUCCAGUGCUGUAGAGCUGAAUGGGUCCUAUCACCUGGCCUAUUUAACUUUGAGAUAUUUUUAGGGGAUUGACUUUUUUUGACAGAGGCAACAAAAUGUUAUUUUACCUAAGAGUUUGUUGGAUCCCACAGAAUCGCUUUUCAACUUGUACUUCUCUGACAACAGUAACUUUGUUGAGAAUAACUGAGCUUCUUUGAGUACCUGGUCACCCACCAUCACCGAGUGUAGUGUCCAGGGCCACUCACACAGAGCUUUCUCCUUUUCAGGUUGGGGGCCUGUACUCAUAUUUACCUUUUUUUGGCUCAGCUUUUAGAAGAGUCAACUUUCACUGUCUCAUAAACAUGGUAUCAGCAUCAGCAGAACUUACACAUUCAUUUUUCUCUGUCUAGAGCAAGCAGAACAAUAGAAUCAGUACAGUUUGUAAUCAUUCGAGUUCUCCAGUCUAGCUUAUUCACAGAAUAUGCUACUGAAUAUCUUCCGUAGCAUGUAGCUGUAUUAGAACCCAA